AUGCAGUUGGGCGAGCAGCUCCUGGGGAGCUCCGCCAGCCUGCCCGGCGCGCGCUUCUACCCGCUGGAGGGCGCGGGCGGCGGCGGCGGCGGCGGGCGCGGCGGUCUCCUCUUGGGCUCGGCCUCCUCGCCCCGGAGGCUGGACUUAGACAAGGCUCCCAAGAAGUUCCCGGGCAACCCUUCCUGCGAGGCGGAAGCCGCGGAGCCCGCUGCCGCCAGGCCGGGACCCCCGGCGGCCAUGCUCAGCGACGCGGACUCCGGGGACACCUUCGCUGCGACGGUGGCCAAACCUGGGCCCCUGGACGGCCGUAAGAACUCCCCGUGCGGGGAGGAGGAACUGUCCUCCUCCUCCGCCGCCGCCGCCGCCGCCGCUGCGCGCUACUCCAUGGACAACCUGAGCUCCGAGCGCUACUACCUUCCGUCCCCCGGGCCGCAGGGCUCCGACCUGCCCGCGCCCUGCUCGCUCUUCCAGUACCCGGCCGCAGCCGGGGGGCCUCACGGAUCUCUCUACCCCGCUUCCAACGGCGCGCGUUACCCCUACGGCUCCGUGCUGCCCCCCGGUGGAUUCCCCGCGGCGGUGUGCCCCCCCGGAAGGGCGCAGUUCGGCCCGGGAGCGGGCGGCGGCGGCGGCGGCGCGGGCGGCGGCGCCGGAGGCCCGGGCGCCUAUCAGUACGGCCAGGGGUCUCCUCUCUACGGACCGUACCCUGGAGCCGCGGCGGCGGGACCUUGCGGAGGACUGGGGGGCCUCGGGGUGCCCGGGGCCGGCUUCCGCGCCCACGUCUACCUGUGUAACCGGCCUCUGUGGCUCAAAUUCCACCGACACCAAACUGAGAUGAUCAUCACGAAACAGGGCAGGCGGAUGUUUCCUUUUUUGAGCUUCAACAUAAACGGACUCAAUCCUACUGCGCACUACAACGUGUUCGUAGAAGUGGUUCUGGCCGACCCUAACCACUGGCGCUUCCAGGGGGGCAAGUGGGUGACCUGCGGCAAAGCCGACAAUAACAUGCAGGGCAACAAAAUGUAUGUUCACCCAGAGUCUCCUAAUACUGGUUCACACUGGAUGAGACAGGAGAUUUCUUUUGGGAAAUUAAAACUCACCAAUAACAAAGGCGCAAAUAACAACAACACUCAGAUGAUAGUCUUACAGUCUUUACAUAAAUAUCAACCACGACUGCACAUUGUUGAAGUUACAGAGGAUGGUGUAGAAGACUUGAAUGAGCCCUCAAAGACCCAGACUUUUACCUUCUCAGAAACACAGUUCAUUGCAGUGACUGCUUACCAAAACACUGAUAUUACUCAACUAAAAAUUGAUCAUAACCCCUUUGCAAAAGGCUUCAGGGACAACUAUGAUUCCAUGUACACGGCUUCAGAAAAUGACAGAUUAACUCCAUCUCCCACGGAUUCUCCUAGAUCCCAUCAGAUUGUCCCUGGAGGACGGUACGGAGUUCAAAACUUCUUCCCGGAACCCUUUGUCAACACUUUACCUCAAGCCCGAUAUUACAAUGGAGAGAGAACUGUGCCACAGACCAAUGGCCUCCUUUCCCCCCAACAGAGCGAAGAAGUGGCCAACCCUCCCCAGCGGUGGCUCGUCACGCCUGUCCAGCAACCUGGGACCAACAAACUAGACAUUGGUUCCUAUGAAUCUGAAUAUACUUCCAGUACCUUGCUCCCAUAUGGCAUUAAGUCUUUGCCUCUCCAAACAUCCCAUGCCCUGGGGUAUUACCCUGACCCAACUUUCCCUGCAAUGGCAGGGUGGGGAAGUAGAGGUUCCUAUCAGAGGAAGAUGGCAGCAGGCCUACCAUGGACCUCCAGAAUGAGCUCUCCUGGGUUCCCUGAAGAUCAGCUCUCCAAGGAGAAAGUCAAAGAUGAAAUUAGCUCUUCUUGGAUAGAAACACCUCCUUCUAUCAAGUCUCUAGAUUCCAAUGAUUCAGGGGUAUAUACCAGUGCUUGUAAGCGAAAGCGGCUGUCUCCUAGCACCUCAAGUAAUGAAAAUUCUCCUUCCAUAAAGUGUGAGGACAUGAAUGCAGAGGAGUACAGUAAGGACACCUCAAAAGGCAUGGGGGGAUAUUAUGCUUUUUACACAACUCCCUAAAAUAUUAUUUGAACUUCUUGAACAUUAGCAAACAUUUGGCAGAUGGACUUUGUGGUGUUUUAUGUUGUCUUCUUUGCUAGGUUGCCAAAAAGACAUUUGCCUUCCAACUUGAUGCAUCCUAUUUUGUGCAAUUCUCCAAAAGAAGGUGCCAAAGCUUUUUGAUUGCUGCAGGUAACUGAAACAAACCUAGCAAUUUUUUUUUUCUUUGCAGAAUAAAGUUAAUGGAGGAGUUUCAAAUGUUUUUUU